AUGGCCAUUCAAUCGGGCAGUCGGAUGCCCGAGCAGACAUCGGACUAUCGUGUUGCAGUGUUCGGUGCGGGUGGGGUGGGUAAGUCAUCCAUAGUGCUUAGAUUCGUUAAGGGUACCUUUAACGAAAACUAUAUUCCGACCAUUGAAGACACCUAUAGACAGGUGAUCAGCUGUAACCAAAAGAACGUGUGUACAUUGGAGAUCACCGAUACGACCGGAAGUCACCAGUUUCCCGCGAUGCAACGCCUAUCGAUCAGUAAGGGGAACGCUUUCAUUCUGGUCUAUUCGAUAACCAGCAAACAAAGCCUUGAAGAACUCGGCCCGAUAAUCUUAACGUUAAAGGAAGUAAAGGGUGAAGGGAUUGCCGAAGUGCCUAUUAUACUGGUCGGGAAUAAAAAGGAUGAACAACAGCGACGAGAGGUCAGCUCUGAGGUCGGUGAGAAAUUGGCCUCGAAAUGGGGCACGGGAUUCAUCGAAACGAGCGCGAAAAAUAACGAAAAUGUCACGGAACUCUUCCAGAAGCUGCUGGCAAUGGAGAAACGACGCACGUUGACGUUGACGAUGAACGAGGACGGGGGCAAGUCUAACUCCAAAAAGAAAUGCUCUCUGAUGUGA